GGGCUCUCUCUCUCCGUCCGCCGCUCGCUUUCGGCCCUUCGUUCCUUCCCGGGGCCAUGAAGCACGGGGCGCCGGGUCUUGGGGUGGGGUGGGCGGAGGGGCCGGGGGGCUGAGUGACAGGCGCAGGACCCUCCCCCUCUGCCCCCCUCCCCCUCCCCUCCUCCCAAAGGAGCGCCCUCGGGUCCCCCGGGAUCUCCCCCGGCCCUCCGCGCCCCCCUUUUGCUCCUUCCUCCCUCGCCGGAGCGCCCCGCAACAACCCUUCCUGCUCGAGGGCUCCGGCCGCACAGCCUCCUCUAUAAGAAGCCGGACGGGGCACCGGGGCGCACACCGCAGCCCUUGACCAGACACCCAACGCGGGCAGAGGGAGCUGUCCCAGGACGGAGGAGAAGGACGGCCCUCUUCCUCCCUUCCUUCCUUCCUUCCUUCCUUGCGCCCUCCCGCCCCCGCGACAGGCGCGGAUUGGGCUCCGGCGUGUGGCGGCGCCUGCAGAGCCUCGCCGAGGGACUUGCGGACCCGGCUUCUCCUCCUGCUCUUCCUCCUCCUCCUCCUCCUUCUUGCGGUGCGGCCGAGGAGGCGACCGGGGCGGCGAAGCGAUGAGCCCUGUGGCAUUAAUGCUAGGCUUGAAGACCUUCUGGGUUUUGGCUUUCUCCUCGCUUUCCAACACGCUGGCCGUCAACAACAGCGGGCGCUGGUGGGGAAUCAUCAAUGUGGCCUCUUCCACCAACUUGCUGACUGACUCCAAGAAUGUGCAGUUGGUGCUGGAUCCUUCCCUGCAGUUGCUGAGCCGCAAGCAGCGCAAGCUCAUCCGCCAGAACCCAGGCAUCCUUCACAGCAUCAGCAGCGGCCUUCAGAGCGCCAUCAAGGAAUGCAAGUGGCAAUUCCGCAACCGGCGCUGGAAUUGCCCUACCAUGCCAGGGCCCAACAUUUUUGGCAAGAUUGUCAACAGAGGUUGCCGAGAAACUGCUUUCAUCUUUGCCAUCACUAGUGCCGGGGUCACACACUCGGUGGCCCGCUCUUGCUCAGAAGGCUCCAUUGAUUCGUGCACCUGUGACUACCGCCGGAGGGGCCCGGGUGGCCCGGACUGGCACUGGGGUGGCUGCAGUGACAAUGUGGACUUCGGCAGAGUCUUUGGACGAGAGUUUGUGGACUCCAAUGAGAAGGGGCGGGAUCUGCGUUUCCUGAUGAAUUUGCACAACAAUGAGGCAGGACGUCUGACUGUCUUCACAGAGAUGCGUCAGGAGUGCAAGUGUCACGGGAUGUCAGGCUCUUGCACAGUCAAGACUUGCUGGAUGCGGUUACCCACUUUCCGGACAGUGGGGGACUUCUUGAAGGACCGCUUUGACGGUGCUUCUCGGGUUAUCUAUGGCAACAAAGGCAGCAACCGGGCCUCCCGGGUGGAGCUGCACCACCUCGAGCCAGAGAACCCGGCCCACAAGCCCCCUUCCCCUCACGACCUGGUCUACUUUGAAAAGUCACCAAAUUUCUGCACCUACAGUGGCAAGACAGGCACAGUGGGCACAGCAGGUCGCUCCUGCAACAGCUCCUCCCCAGCCCUGGAUGGCUGUGAGCUGCUGUGCUGCGGGAGGGGGUACCGGACCCGGAUGCAGCGAGUCACUGAACGCUGCAACUGCACCUUCCACUGGUGCUGCCAUGUCAGCUGCUUGAACUGCACCAAUAUGCAAGUGUUGCAUGAGUGCUUGUGAGCAAGGAGAGAACACAACAAGGAUUUUCUUUACCUCCAUGGAAAACAGUGACACUCCUCAUCUGAUAGCAGGCUUCCCUCCAUACAUCAAAGCCUUGCCAACAAGACAGCUCUCCUACCUCCUCUGUGUACGUACACACACACCUUUCUCUACAAGAUUACAGUGUCCUCUGUUGGCCCAGGAAGGCCAACUCCAAAGUCCUGAAUACUACACAAUUGGCAGGACUGCAAGAAGAUGCUCAAGGGAACUAAAUGGGGUUUACUUCUGACAGUAGCAGUAUUUAAAAAACUCGGAAGGCAGAGUAGAAGGAGCAAUGUAGUAUAUUUCUAGGUGAGGAAGGUGCCUGCCACGUUAACAGCAAAGUGAAGUGUCAAUUUCUUUUACAAAAUAAAAAGGAGGUGCUGCAAAAUGGAGCCUGGUGGGAAACAUGUGAAACUCACAGGCUGAAUUUUGCGCAUCCUUGACUGACCCAGGUAAUAAUAUAGUAUAUGGGUGUAUUUCUCUAUGGCUUUAUUGCCCUUCUUUUAAGCAAUGAGUCAGUGGAAAGGGUACGCUCCUUGCUUGGGCAUGGUGUUUGUCCCCUGCACCAGAGCCUUCGCUAGUUGUGUGUGUGUGUACAUGUAUGUAUGUGUAUGGGCUUGCCAGAUAGUCGACAUUGUCACUGCAAGGCUUUAAUUUGAACCAGAUCUCUUCUUCAUCAGGACAGAGCCACUGUGAUCUUCAGUACUAGGACUCAUUGCUCCCAGAUUAUUUAACUCUAUUACCAUUAUUUUGAGCCUCUGGUUAUUGUUGUUGUUGUUCCUGUAGAACAGUGGUUCUCAACCUGUGGGUCCCCAGAUAUUUUGGCCUACAACUCCCAGAAAUCCCAGCCAGUUUACUAGCUGUUAGGAAUUCUGGGAGUUGAAGGUCAAAACAUCUGAGGACCCACAGGUUGAGAACCACUGCUGUAGAACAACAGAGGAAAGAAAUAUGGGGGACUGUCUCUAAGUUCAUCUAUGGUGAACAGUGGACAGCUUUUCCACUAUACCAACCAGUCCUCCCAUGCUUAGUUUAAUGUCAUGUUCAUAGGAUAUAACUUCUAUGAUGUGCCUGGACAAGUUAAUUGUGUGUGUGUGUGUGGGGGGGGGGGGUGCAGCAACCAAUGGUCAGUGGCCAUCCUGGUUGGGGAUUCUGGGAGGUGUAGUCUCAAAUAUAAGUUUCCCAGGCUCCCUCUCUGCCAUGCCUGUAUCACUGACAUGUAGCCUGGCACUUCUCAUUUUACAUAUGAAGCACAGCCUCUGAGGACUUUAUUUCUUAUAGAUGAAACACUGUACAAGAUUGCUAAGUGUUGGAGGGAUUAUGUAUGUAUGAAUGUAUGUAUGUAUGUUUAAACACUGCUUUUUGUUUACCUACCCCCAUUAGAAACUCAAUGUGUGGAGCAUAAGUGGAGCAUUACAUGCAGGCACAACUAAAGUGUAUAAGGGUACUUUCAACAUUCCACAAUUAUAGUAAAAAGAUUCCACUUUAACUGCCAUGGCAACAUUCUAUGGACUCUUGGGAUUUGUAGUUUGGUGAUGGACACCAGAGGAACUCUUUGGCUGAGGAUUUUAAAGGCAGCUCCCAGUAUUCCAUAGGAAGUUGCCACUGUAGUUAAAGUAAAAUCACAGCACUUCAAUUCAGGCUCUAGUCUAAACCCAAUCCAGAUGUCUGGAGGCCAGGUAAGAAUACUCUUCAGGUGCCCUGAAACUAUUCUUGAUGGAACAAGCAUAGGAGAACUCUGUGAUUAAGUGUGUUCUUAUCACUUAAGGACAGCUGGUAAAAGUUACAAUUUUGUGGGAAGGGUUUCCCCAGGUUUUGCACUCAAGGCUUUGGGUUAAAUCCCUUGGUGCUCCAUUUGUACACAACUCUGUGGCAACAUGGUGUUUUGACCUGUUAAGGACUGCCCAUGUUGAACUUCUAAGCACUUGUCAAAUUCAGAGAAAAGCAGGGAAUUCCCUUUGAUUACAUGGUGUUACAUGUCUUUACAACUAUUCCCAAAUGCCCGUGUGUCUGUGUAUUCAUGUGUGCAUGCCCUCCAGCCUUUGAUCAUUUUGCCAAGGAAAUGUUAGUAGAAAAAUAUUGGUUUUUGUUUUACAGCUGUAAUUCCCCCUUCACUCUAGUCUCACCAAACUACAAAUCCUGUAAGUAAUAUGCACUGAAAAACUUGUGGGGAUCGCUGAUGACUUUUGCAGAUGUCUGUAAAUAAAAUAUUUAUUGUUACCAUUUCAUAUUCUUGUAGGCCUGGACUAAGGUUCUUGCUACUAGAUUCAUGUUUCUAGCAUUCUAGAGAAAGAAUAAAGUAUAUAUUUUUAUCAAUCCAA